AGCCGCCACCCAUUCGGCGUUGGCUCUGGCGUCGGGGUCGUUGUGACAACCGCUCCGGUAGCCGUUUCCGAGGCAGCAGGUGCGGCCGCUUUAGCCCUGAGCGGGCUCUGCGGCUGCCUGCGAGUCUCUGCUGUGCCGACCCUUCUCUUCGCGGACCCCACGCCAAGCAGCGACCCUGAGCCGACAGCCGGAGCGUCCGGCAAUGGCGGCCUCGACAGCCUCGCACCGGCCCAUCAAGGGGAUCUAGAAGAACAAGACCUCUACGACUUCCUCUAUGGUGGCGUCGGCCGAACAGCCCCGCGGAAGUGUCGACGAGGAGCUGAGCAAAAAAUCUCAGAAAUGGGAUGAAAUUAACAUCUUGGCGACCUAUCAUCCAGCAGACAAAGGCUACGGUUUAAUGAAAAUAGAUGAACCAAGCGCUCCUUACCGUAGUAUGAUGGGUGAUGAUGAAGAUGCGUAUAGGGACACCGAGACUACUGAAGCCAUGGCGCCAGACAUCUUAGCCAAGAAAUUAGCUGCUGCUGAAGGCUUGGAGCCAAAGUAUCGGAUUCAGGAACAAGAAAGCAGUGGAGAGGAGGAUAGUGACCUCUCACCUGUAGAACGAGAAAAAAAGCGACAAUUUGAAAUGAGAAGGAAGCUUCACUACAAUGAAGGACUCAAUAUCAAACUAGCCGGACAAUUAAUUUCAAAAGACCUACAUGAUGAUGAUGAAGAUGAAGAAAUGUUAGAGAAAGCAUGAAUACGGAAGAAUCAAAUCAAGGAUCUACUCCAAGUGACCAACAGUAAAACAAAUUACGAAGUUCAUAGAAGAGAUUUGUUCAACACUGCAAUUGUUUGUUAGAUAUAAACCCUGUGACUAUAAUACAUUGCUUCUUGUUCUCCACAAUUCAUGACUUAAGUACCAAAAUGCAUACCAGUUAUUAUAUAUUGCCAAGAAUUAAAUGAUAAACUUAGAGACUGAUUAGACUGAAAAUGCCUAAUUGAUAUAUAUAUUCUUAUGCCUAGUACUUUACUACAAAUACAGUGUAAUAUCAUCAGUCCAAAACUGCAUUACUUUCAUAAGAACACUGGUUAAUUUGUAUAAGAUAUUAUAGAGCUUUUUACGCUUUAGAAGUUAAGCAAUAUCUUUGGGGGGGGGGAACUAAUUUAUUUUCAUCACUCGAAAUGUGGUAGCUCUUACAAAGUUUGUUGAUUUGUUUUUUUAAAAAUCAAAAGCCAGUUGAACAACAGGAUAUAUGGACUUAUAAAUAUUCAGGCUGAAUAGUAUUUUAACACUUGUCUUCAACUUGAUUUGUCUGUUUAAUUGAAAAGAAUUGUAAGAGUUACUGUUGCAUUUUCUGACCUACUACCUUUAAAAUUCCUGUUGAGUUUCUUUGUGUUUACAAGGAAAGGACUGAACUUUUUCUCAUCAAAACUAGCUUUUUUCCCCACAAAUAAAUUAUCAGGUUAAACUUUCA